AAAAUCAUGACGAUACGAAUGCCUACCGCGACGACGGCAAUGACGACGACGAUGACGAUGACGAUGUUAUGGAUAACGAUGAAAUCAAUGAAGCACUCAACCAGAUGCCGACCAAGACUCUAACUAACCUGGCGUCCUACCCUAACCCCAUGAAGAAGCAAGCUCAGAAGAUUCUUUCCCGAGCUAGACAGCUUCCCCCUAUGCCUCAUCAAUCUUCGGAUUUGACACAGGAGAAUCGAGUUGCAGCUCGCCCCCCCACCCUUGGUGCCGGUCGAAAUGCUCGUUCUGACCCAGUCGGUAUGGAGAAUCUCCUUCAGUCAGGUGGAAUCGAUGACCAUGGUCUCCAUCACCAACCCUUUGGUACUCCUAAGCCGAACACUGGCGCUUAUUCUCGAGAGAGCGAUACUUAUCCCGCCGUCUUAUCAAAGGGACCUGGUGCACCGCUCCCCUUGACUGCUGGACCUCCCGGCCAACGUCAAUUUCAGCCUUCCGCUUUCACUCAGCCUGCGAACAACGCGCAGCAGAGAAGCUUCGAGAACCCGCGUGGAUUCGAUUUCAUUGAUGACAAUGCUCGCCGUCUCCGCACCCACUCUUCAUUCGAGUCACAGCAAACUGUACGACCUCCCCAAGAGCCAUCCUUAGCGCAUCCGAGCGAGAACGCUUCUCUUGCUCAGAAAUCUGCAUGGAGUGUCUUCCAAACCUCAUCAUUGGGCAAAGCUAGAGCAAGAGAGAAUUCUGGCGGCGUCAGGGUUACCGACACACUCACAUACGAACAGGCUCUCAAGUUCUUCCCCAACGGAGUUCCUGCGGAUUUCGACCGUAACACAAAGUCAAUUCCCGACAACUGGGUCGAUCUCCGCCUGCAAGAAAUUGCAGCGGAGGAACGAAAGAAGAGGGAACAGACCAUUACGCAGCAGUCCCUCACAGCCCAAGCUAGUCACCGAGCCAAGCUCUACAACGACUUCUACGCGGGUAGAAACAUGACCAACAACGAUGUCCAGACUGUUCACCACGAGCUCUACAGUCGUGAUGAUUCUCCCAAUGGUAGUGCUUCGUCCGAGAAGGCGAAGCAAUCCAAAGAAAACAUUGCCGGCCGCUACAUCUCAGUCGAGGAAGCCAACAAGAUACCUACACCCGAGCACGCCGAACCGCUUUUAAGCAUGUUAGUCCAAUCCCUCGCCCGACACUCUGGUAGCCUACCGGAAGCAGGCGGCCCCAAGAAGACCAAUGGAUCGCGUUAGUUUAUCUCACUACAUUUAUUCACGCUCGCCUCGGACGAUUCGGUUUUCCAUUAGGAUCAUAAUUAUACUUUGGCUAUGAAGCAAAGUAACAAGUAUUCUAGCAGGAUCAAUGCGAGCAUCAUACAACUGGACAGGAGCUGUAUCAGUCUAUAAAAAAAGGGCGGAAACGCAAAAAAGGUCUAAUUUAACGGAUGGACGAAAUUGUCAGGGGAUUCUAUUAGGAACAUAGCAUCCCUUUUUCUUUCCCCAGUUCAUGCUAUUUUCCUUUUCGUUCUGUGUUCUACCGGAAAUACCCAUUCACCAAAAAGCACACGGAAAAAGCAUCGAGGCGGAGUUUAUUGCGUUGUUCUUGUUGUAUACGAAAAUCGCAUACGCUUUUCACGCGUGACGACUGGUUCUGACCAUAGGGAGGGAGGGAAAAGGGGCCAUGAAUAGAGGCGUUGAUCUAUUGACAUUGAGCCAGGAUGGAUGGAUGGAUGGAUGGACUCAUGCUUUUGCCAUUGGUAUGAUACCUGGCUGGCUGGCUGGCUCUGCACUGCUUUUUUACUACAUCACGAUGAUUUGGCCUGGCUUAGCUGGCACAUAAUGAUAAACUAAUAAAAUGAAAUGCGUU